AUGAAUCUAUAUUCUCCACAACUGGAGCAUUCUCAGCUGAACGCUAUCAAUCCAAGGCUGGGCCCUGUCCCGCAUCCUCCUGCCGUUCAAAACUCGAAAUCGGACGUCACCCCGCGUUUCGGCGUAGGCUACGGCCUGCCCGUCCCAAGCAUCCUGGUAAACUCCUAUAACCAAGCUGCUCCAGAGGAGCGCUCCGUUCCCUCCCCGCCAUUGUCCCCGAAGAUUGCUCCAGUCUCGUACAACGGCCCAAAAGUCACUCUCCCCAGCAUCGCAGGCUUGAUCAGCAAGCACCCCCUGGAUGAGGAAGAAGCAAUCAGAGUCAGGCAAAGCUGGCCAGUCGGCAUGACUGUGAAGGACUACACUGGAAAUAACAUGAGAUUCCUAUCAGAAUACUCGGUGUUCAAAGACAGGUCCCCAAGGUACCCACAGACUUACACUUCCCCACAUUCAUACUACCAUGGCUCCUUACCACCUGUCUGUUACGGAAAUGCCAUGAACGAUGCUAAUCAUGCAAGGUUUAGGUCUCCAAAGCGUAUCCUGGACUCGCAGUUCAACAGGGAAAGGGCUUUCAACCGCACAAAUAGGAAAUACACCGCAGUUGUCAGAGACAAUAAUAGUUACAGUUACACUUCCCCUCCAACUUACACAACCAAUAAUUCAAGUUACGUGUACGGUGGCGGUUACCAACAAAUAUCCUCGUCCCCAGCAAGGCCACACAUCCAACAACAACAGCAUAAACGUCAACAUGCGAAAACCGCAGGUCAGAACUCUUCAUCUACAGCCAAUCGCCGUUUCGAAAGGAAGGCUAAUCCAGCCACAAUACCUCCUUUGGCUUCCGCGGCAAUUGUCAGCAAAGCACCACAAUACGUACCACAAAUAUCCUGGCAGCAAUUGCCAGACUAUUCCCCUCCAUUAUCCACGAUCCCUGAUAACAAAUACUGCAUGAAGAUAGAAUGGAAAGGAUCCCAAAUGGACUUGUCCAACGAUCCACUGCGUGAUCAGUUACAUCCAGCUGAGUUGGUCCUAGCACAGAUUCUACGAUUACCUUGCGAUCUGUACCUGGAUUCAAAGAGAAGGUUUUUUUUGGAGAAAGUCUAUAGAGUCAAGAACGGUAAAACUUUUAGAAGAACUGACGCACAGAAGGCGUGUAGAAUUGAUGUUAAUAAAGCAUCAAGAUUGUUUCAGGCUUUUGAAAAAAUUGGCUGGUUGGAUGAUAAGUACUUCAAAGGAGUAGUAUAA